UUAAAAUUGUUGGCAAUUUUUUAUAUAUUUUCUAGUAUACGAGUUCAUUGUGAAUUAACGAAUAAUGUGACUGCAACAACUGCAUGUGAUUCACAUUGCUACAAAGUUCUCAGACCACUACUGGAGUAUGCGACUGAGGCAAAAACAAAGCUGGAUCAACUGACAGCAUUGGAGUUAAAGCUGCACGAUCAACGAAUUAUAAUUGAUGAACAUGCAGCAACAAUGUUGAGCAAAGAUCAGCUAAUCAAUGAGAAGAAUUUACGCAUAAUAGAGCUACAAACGGCUUUGGAGCUGAAGAGCAAGCAACUACUGGAGCAAGCCCAAGCCAAGCAGCUGGAAGAGAAAUUAAGCAGAUACCUGGAGCAACGCGCAGCUGCCAGCUGUGUGCCAUUUGAGAACUCCACGGAUGUGCAAACGAUACGUGUGCCAGGCAUAGAUCCCUUCAAGGUUAGUUGCGACUCCAGCCUGAUUGGCUCCGGCUGGACUGUUAUUCAGCGCAGACAAGACGGCAGCGAGAGCUUCAAUCGCGAAUGGAGCGACUAUCGCGCAGGCUUUGGCAAUUUACGUAGCGAGUUCUUUGUAGGGCUGGAAAAGCUCUAUCUAAUGACAAAGACUCAGCCUCAUGAGCUAUAUAUACACCUGGAGGACUUUCAGCACAACACACGAUAUGCGCGGUAUACAAACUUUGCCAUAGGCAGUGAGGAGGAGGCGUAUAAAUUGGAAUCGAUUGGCAACUACACUGGCAAUGCUGGAGAUUCUAUGGCCUAUCAUCUUGACUAUAAGUUCUCAACUCCAGAUCGCGAUAACGAUGUAAACCCUACAAACUGUGCCAAGCAUUUCCAAUCAGGCUGGUGGUUUCACAAAUGUUACAAUUGCAAUCUCAACGGCGUGUAUACCAUGACAGAUUCUAAAAAGGAUUUGGAUGUGUUGCAAUGGAGAACCUGGCACCAUAAGCCGCUUAGAUUUGUGCAAAUGAUGAUAAGACCCAAGCCUGCUUAAAUCGAAUUAUUCAUAGCUUAAG